AUGCAUCGCUCUCUCUAUCAUUUCCACUCUUUACCCAAGAACUGCUCACAUCUGUCUGAAGAAGUGCAAAUUUCCUCUUCCCCCCCCCCCCCCCCCCCCUCCCCAGUAACCAUUAGGUAUCGGUCAAUCUUCUCCCAUUCUCUCUCUCUCUCGGCUCCCUGCGUCACGGAACCCGGUCCGGGCGUUUUCAGGCAUCAAUCGCAAUCCAAGACAUCGGAUGAGCAAACAGAGAGUGUCGGCAACGGCCUUCUUGAUGCUACAAGAGACCAUGACUAUCUCUGGGUCAGGCAAACCUGCAGUGGACCCGGCUGUCGCCCAAUCCCAUCCAAGUUGGCCAUCAUCUCUUCGCAUUGGACAGAUAUGGUGUUCCUACCCAAGUCCUCGGUCAUGGAUGCCUUAAUUUUGCGCCUGAGUCUGAGGGUUCUCGUCCGCCCUCCAUCUCGGAUGGGAUGA